ACCAUAUUAAUUGUUAAAUGUCAAAAUGAGUUAAACUACGUCAAGUAAACAACACACCUAACCUUAUUUGGUGAUGAUGUAACAUUAGUACAUACAAAAUUCCUGUUUCAAUUCUUCAUCAGACGAAUCUUUCCAUCAAAAGUCAAUACGGAAUGCAGAAUUUCGAAGAAAACAAAACUAAAUUCCUGCAAUCGUUGAACGAUUUAAAAAAGUCGGUGCACGAUAAAGUCGCAAGCGAUGAAGCAGACAUCGCCAAGUUCAUGGAGUUCUUUGUCGCUCAAGAGCAGCAAAUCAUCAACAACACUUUGUACACCGUCGAGGCAAAGUAUAAAGUUUUCGAUUCCAUGAUAAUGGGCUUGGAGAAUAGGGCCGAACAAUGGGAAGUCGAUGUUUCCACGUGUACUGAAGCAGUUAGGGGAGAGAUUCAUUCUAGUAAAGCGGAAUUUUUUAAGGAAAUCACUGAGGGCAUUAAAAAAGGAGUCCAAGAGGUGAAAGAACUAUUUGAAGAGUAUCAGGCCAAAUCCAAAAAACUAUACAACAGUCUAGAAUCUGAAAUUGGAAUGGUGGAAGAAAAAGUAGGCGAACUGGACGCAGACUACAUAGCGAACGCUAUGCCCGAAAUACAAGAGAAAAUCAACACAAUUCCAGUUAACUUAGAGAACGAACUGAACAAUAUCAAAGAAGUCGUCCAAAUGAAAGGCAAAACAUUGGCCGAAGAUAUUGACAAAAUAUUUUUGCGGAUAGAAAUCCACUGUGGAAUAUUGGAAGCCGAUUGCAGGAAUUUUUGGCACGACACAGACCCAGAAAACACCCACAGACAAUCAUCAUUAAAACCUCUUACUUAAACCUAUUUUACAAUUAAUUUUUUAUUUUUACACAUCUCCCCUCCAAGAUCUAUGAAUGAUGAGUUACUUCUCACCCAAAUCCGAAACGCAAUUGUGGGGGCGAUUGAGGAGGCACAAAACGAGAUAAGGGCGCAGAUGGAACGGCUGAUCGGCGAGGCCGAGUAUUUAAUGGAGACGGGUGCGGCUCAAAUCGAAGAACUUUUUCACACCGCCCAGUAUGAACUGCAUAAUUUCACUGAGACGACAUCUAAAGAUAUUUCCAAUUGCGUCAAGGAGAAGGAAAAGGACAUUAUGUCGGUUAAGAAGGAAAUGCUCACGCAAUUUGAAGAAUGCAUCUCCAUUGGUAUUCAAGAACUUCAUAGAACUGCAGAUGAAUUCCAAGCCAAUUUUCAAAGAGUUCUCAGGUCCGUAUCUUCGGACUCUUUAAAAGUUUUUCCCCCAUCCCGUGAACAAACUAUCGAUAAAGUCGAUAGUGACGAACAGAUUCCAGAAGAGCCUUUACCUACAUCUCUUUUGGAUAUUCCCAAAAAAUUGGCGCAGAACGUAGUCAGAACGAUGAAGGAGUUGACGGUGAUUAUGGGGGAUUUGGAGAAUUGUAUUGCGCCGAUUGUUCAAUUGUCGACGAAAAGAAUUAAAUGGAUUUUGGACGAAUUGAAGUUUUGCGUUGAGACAAACGAAGAACCAAUAAAUGAUUAGUCUCGGAUUGAUUUGUGAUGGGAUAAGAUUCGAUGUUUUUGGAAUAUAUUAUUUACUUUUAUUGUCGUUAAGUUUCCAAAUAAAUACUACUAAUGGUUAUAUU